CCAUCGGUCAAAGGGGGGGGGGGGACACCGGGAGCCCCCCCGGGACGGCCCGAUCACCUUCUGCCUCCCCCAGCCCGCGGAACGCUGCUUCGCACACAGUGAUGUAAAUAUGGCAGCUCUUGAUACUGGAAAAGAGCAAAUCAACAAAGAUCCAGACAGCUGUGAUAUCCCUUUUUAUGUUUCUGAAUUUGUUGAAAGAGAAGUUGGAAAUGAUCUUAAGUCUUUAAAGAAACUUAGCAAACUCAUUGAACAGCUGUCAGAAAGCAAAGCACAUUUAGAAGAACAGGUCCUUACAAUUUCAUCUGAAGUUCCCAAAAGAAUUCAGAAUGCCUUGCAGAAGGCUGAAGACUCAGAGACAUUUCUCAAUCGACUUUUGGAGCAAGAAACUAUUGUGGUCGGUUCAAUCAACAAACACUUAUCAUCAGCUCAGCCGCUGAUGGAGGAGCUCGGGGAACUGAUAGGCCAAAUCGAAGAAAUCCAACGGCACCUGGCUUACCUGAAGUGGAUUUCACAAAUCGAAGACCUAAGUGAUCACAUCCAGCAAUAUCUGAUGACCAAUAAUGUGCCAGAGGCAGCUACCGCUCUGGUAUCCAUGGCAGAAUUAGACAUUAAGCUUCAGUUGUCGUCCUGCACUCAUCUUCGGACUUUCAUAAGGUCUACGGUUCAGUUCUGGCAUAAGAUCCUCAAAGACAAACUUACCAGCGAUUUUGAGGAGAUCCUCGCUCAGCUGCACUGGCCAUUCGUCAGCCCUCCCCAGGCUCAGUCUGCCAGCCUAGGCCGCACCACCGCUGCUCCAGACCUAUACGGUAGCUUGGAGGUGUUGUUUUGUCAGCUUCUGAAAUUGCAAACCCCCGAUGAAUUGCUAACGGAGCCGAAACGACUCCCAGAGAAGUAUUCUCUCCCCACCACCCCCAUGGUCCUCCUUCCAAUCCAGCUCAUGGUGACGCCCCUCCAGAAGAGGUUCAAGUAUCACUUCAGUGGAAACCGACAGACCAAUGUUAUCAGCAAGCCCGAAUGGUACCUGACUCAGGUACUGAUGUGGAUCGGAAACCACGCUAAGUUUCUGGAUGAGAAAAUCCAACCGAUAUUAGACAGAGCAGGCUCACCAGUGAACGCUAGGCUUGAAUUUUCUCGGGCGCUGAUGAUGUUGGUUCUGGAGAAGCUAGCCGCCGACAUCCCCUGCGUCCUGUACGACGACAACCUCUUCUGCCAUCUGGUGGAUGAGGUGCUCCUGUUUGAGCGGGAGCUCCACAGUGCUCACGGCUACCUCAGCACCUUGCCGGGCUGUAUGCACAUUCUCUCCGAGGAAUCCUGUUUCCAGAGAUGGCUGACGGUGGAAAGAAAAUUUGCUCUUCAAAAGAUGGAUUCCAUGCUUUCGUCUGAAGCGGCUUGGGUCUCCCAAUAUAAGGAUAUUACCGAUGUCGACGAAAUGAAGGUUCCAGACUGUGCAGAAACUUUCAUGACGCUGCUCCUUGUUAUGACGGACCGAUAUAAGAGCCUCCCUACCGCCUCUAGAAAGCUCCAGUUCCUGGAGCUGCAGAAAGACCUGGUUGAUGACUUCAGGAUACGGCUGACUCAGGUGAUGAAGGAAGAAUCCAGAGCAGCCCUCGCCUUCCGCUACUGUGCAAUCCUCAACGCCGUCAACUACAUCGCCACGAUCCUCGCCGACUGGGCUGACAAUGUUUUCUUCUUGCAGCUUCAGCAGGCUGCGUUGGAAGUGUGUGCCGACAGUAACGCCCUCAGCAAACUGCAGCUGGGUCAGCUGGCCUCCAUGGAAAGUUCUGUCUUCGAUGACAUGAUAAACCUCUUGGAGCGUUUGAAACAGGACAUGUUGGCCCGACAAGUAGACCAUGUCUUUCGGGAGGUCAAAGAAGCAGCCAAAUUGUACAAAAAAGAAAGGUGGCUCUCGCUGCCGUCUCAGAGCGAGCAGGCCGGAUUGUCCCUGUCCAGCUCGGCCUGUCCUCUGCUGCUGACCCUGAGAGACCACCUCCUGCAGCUGGAGCAGCAGCUCUGUUAUGCUCUCUUCAAAAUUUCCUGGCAGAUGCUCGUGGAGAAGUUGGAUGUCUUCAUCUACCAAGAAGUUAUUCUGGCAAAUCACUUCAAUGAAGGCGGAGCAGCCCAACUGCAGUUUGACAUGACUCGGAAUCUCUUCCCUUUAUUCUCCCACCACUGCAAGAGACCAGAAAACUAUUUCAAGCACAUCAAAGAGGCCUGCAUUAUCCUCAAUCUGAAUGUCGGCUCUGCCCUCCUGCUGAAAGACGUGCUCCAGUCCUCCUCAGAGGAGUCCACGGCCUCAGCGGCCUUAAACGAAGUUGGGGUCUAUAAAUUAGCACCACAGGAUGUGGAGAUUUUGUUAAAUCUGAGGACAAACUGGCCAAAUAUGGGGAAAUAAUCCCAUGUUCUUGAUUUCUGAUUUAUUUUUCUUUGCAUAAAAGGAAAGACAAACUGGGGUCCAAAUUAAAGGAUUUCCUGAAAUCUCUGCACAAAUUCAUAACUGCAAUUUAGUAAAAUGCCGGAAGUGAAUUUUACGCUAAUCCUGUUUGAGGUUUUAACACUUAUGUAUCCCAUUUUGAAUUAAAUUGUUUCAUAUCUUGC